AUGAAACUCUUGGCGGUGCUAUGCGCGUUGAUGAUACAAUGCGCCGCUUCAAAAUCAUGGAACAACGAUAGUUAUUCGGAGGAGUUCUUCGUGUUUAACUGGUUCGGAUAUUUAAAACGUUUGUCUUUGAUAAUCCUGAUGUUGUCCGGUAUUAUUCUCUACUAUAUUCCGGAAUCACGUCCACAUGCUCGUCGAAUAUGUUAUAUGUUGAUCGAUUUUACGGCAAACGGUUUAAAAUCUGCACUGAGCGCCCGGGAGAGCGAGUACCUGUACGAGAAGAUUAAAUCCAAGUACGAUCGUAUUCGAUACGAGCAUUCGCUCGCUUCACAGAAAUAUAUCUCGCCGGAAAUUCAAGUUGAGAACGAGCACCCCAUCCAUCGACCCCACAAAAGUAUCUCCAAAAAAUCGAAAGUCUAUUUGGCCGAUGAUAUGAUGGGAAAUAAGGAGAGGAUAAGGAAAAAGCACAAGGAUCGAAUCACGUUGUCCAAGUCACGUCAUCUUCGCAGCAGUAUGAAAGAUAUCUCUAUGGGUGAUUGCGCGGAAAUCUCCAAACCGAUCUAUUUUUAUCCCGAAAAAUUGGACGAUUUUCAGAAAUACGUGAAGACAAGUUUGUCUGGUUUGAAACGCGAUAAGAAUUUAGAGAAUUACACGCUUUUGAUCAGUGGCAAUCCGCAACAAAUGGCGAUAUUCGAUCAGAAGUUCGAUAAGGAAGACAUGGUGAUUGUUCAAGAUCCGUACAUGAAAGUGGAGUACAAGGAAUGCGGCACUUCCACCGACAAACUGUCGGCGAAAGUGGAAGCCUCAAGCUCGGACCAAGAGGGACCAACUAGAGACCUUAACGAGAAUGAAAUUGAAUUCAGCUCGAUUCCGGAAAACACCGGAUCGAGAUAUUCCAUGAACAAGUUGUUGUAUCAAACAAGCCAAUGCCAAUGUGAACAAGAUUGUUGUAGACCCAAUGAAUAUUCUUUCGGAUCUUUGAAUAACAAGGCAGCUAUAUCAACGCAGUAUUUGUCCGAGCAUCAUUUAAGAUCGUCUCGAAGCUCGAUGAAUCCAAAACUGCGCAAAGUGUCACAGGAGAAUGAGAAUCUGUACACAUCUAUCGAUUGCAAUAAUCACGUGGAUGCUUGUCCUAUGAAGCACGUUAAUUCGAACACUCGAAGAGUUGAUUUUAGAGAGGAUGAAAUACACGAGCAUAACGAAGCAUGCAUUGAACAGAAACAAGCGGAGAAUAGAUAUUAUGAAAAUAUCAAAUUACGGAAAAAAAAGUCUAGGAACAAUGAACCGCCGAGUGGUUUCUGUUGCAACGAUUUUUCAUACCUCACUGAUCGAGGAGGAGAAGCUGACGACGAAAAUUCUCAACAAAUGGAACGGCCGACUCGAAAGCACUAUCUCGAUGAGAAACCUCAAAAAGAGAAUACUUUGUUGGAAAGUUCGGACGAGUCGAUUUUGGAUUACUGCGAAGGACUUGACAUGGAGCCUAUCCUGAAAAAUCGAUUUAAACCGGCCCUGCUACGAGCGGUGAAUUGGAUCUUCGGUGGUUGCCCGGAAGCAUCGAGAAAAGCGGCGUUGAAACGCAACAAGAUCGAAAAGGAAGAGAACCGAGAGACCGACGAAUGGUUCCUGUAGUCAAGGGUGUUGACUACUUCGUUUCACAAAUCGUUUCACACCGUCGGCAAAAUCGUGGU